ACAUUUCAAUUUACACAAUGUACAUGGGAAUUUAACGUUUCCUUCGUCAUGUUCAUGAACAAAUGAACACGAACAAAUACGCAAAAUGCGACCACUGAACCAUCUGUCAUACUACGCGAUUUGUGGUAUUUUGUUUGGGCUAUCUUCGGCACUACUCUAUCACGGAUGGGACUAUUACGCAACAAGAAUACAGGACCAAAUCAUUUGCGCGGCACACGGGAAUGUGCAGUUACUCUCAUUCUUGUGGUUUUUUGAGUCAUUAUCGUAUUUAGCUUGUUUUGCUUGUCUGUGGUCUUUUAGUGGACGAGAAAACGAACUCCAAGGAAGGUCGCUAUUUGCAACCUACACAUGUGUUUUCCUGAAAGUGUGCCCGAUCUUGGUUAAAAUACUACAAUUGUUUAACUUAGGUCAACUAUCCGUGAUAUGUGUAGAUCUACUUAUGCUACACGAAUGUAACAACGCAAACGUGCGCGCUAUAAUUGCCUUUGUGAUAGGUGUGCAGUGGUUUGUAAUACUCAUAGGCCUUGCGGCAAGCUCGGAACUAUUUCUUCCCCCGUACCUUUAUGAACCAGCUUCUACCAAUAACACAUAUUGGGAUCAAGUAAAGGAUUUUAUUUACCCUUUGGGUUUAUAGAGUUAAGGGAACUGCUAGGCCGCGAAACUUCCAUAGAUUUCCGAACAGAAUUGCCUUGAUUCUUUGUUGUCAU